AUGGAUCCAAAUGAUAAUAGCUCUUGUGAAUCUUCUUUUUGUAAAGAUGAAAAAGUGGAAGCAAUGAAUCUUCUUGAGGAGUGUUGGUUCUUUGAUAACUUGUUAAAUAUAAAGCCAAAGAUGUUAAGGUCUCACUCUGAUCCUUACCCUUCAACUAGGCUUAUAGACUCAGAUUUUUUGGUCAAGGACAAAAGUGCUUUUGUUCAACCUAAGAAGAUUCAAAGAACACCAUCCAUGUCACCAAUUAGAGUGAAAAAAGAAGAAGAAGAAGAUAAAAUAGGAAGCAAAUUGGUGCAUCAACCAUUAGAUCCUAGUAAACAACAUCAUUGUGCAAAGAUGAAAGGACUUCAUCAUAGAAGUGAUUGUAAUAGAAGGAAAAGCAAAUUGUUGAGAACACCAUCUUUGCCUCCAUCAUUAGGGAGAGAGGAAAAGUCUCAAGAAACUUAUCCUAGAAAUGGAAGAUCCAAAAAACAACCAUCAACACCAACCAAUAUUGAGAAGUUGCCACCAAGGUUAACCUCUAAGAGUUGUAGCAUACCAAGAUGUAGACCAUCCAAAAACAUUGAAGUUGAAAGCUUAAACAAAGAGGGUAUUAUGGAAAUGAGGAGAAAGGUUUUAAAUCAAAAAACAAUAAGAAGAAGCUUAAGUGAUCUUGAGUAUGAAGAAGUUCAAGGGUUCAAAGAUUUAGGAUUUUCAUUUGAGAAAGAAGCAUUAAGUCCAAGUUUAGCUAACAUAAUUCCUGGUUUGCAAGAGAAAAAUAGAGAUGAAAGUGAGGAAGAUAAAGCAGCAAGAGGACCUUAUUUAUCAGAGGCAUGGUUAGUGCAAAGUUGUGCAACUCCUCCUGUUCCAAAUUGGGGGGAUAAUAUGUCUGCAGAUGAUAUGAAAAAGCAUAUCAAGUUUUGGGCUAGAGCUGUGGCAUCAACUAAAUGUUGA